ACUUUCGUCAGAUCUUUAGUCAUAUAUGGUCACAUGAUGCGGAUAGCUCUGCAGCGUGUGCUCAGCUAACGUUGUUUUUCUGGUGUACGGUAGCUACAAACACUUCUGAUGCUACAUAUUACUUCAUUUUCUGAUUUAAAUAUUUUCUGAGUUACUAAAGUAACUUCAUCUUACAACACAUAAUUUUGUAUAAGUCUAGGUUUAGAGUUAUAUAGUACCAAAUCGCGCUUUGUGUGUAUUUUGACGUCUCUGUGCGCUAGCUAGCUGAGAUUAGCACGUUAGCUAUCAUAACUCCAUUAUGAAUAUUGACAACGUUAAUCAGUCUGUCACAACUGGAGUGCCAUCCACGACGUCUUCAGCUUCAAGUAAUUGUAUCGCAAAUGAUAAUGCAACAACCAACGUCAGCAGCAUUCCUUCGGUCACGAGUAAUGCUUCAGCUUCAACGGCCAUGGUGACACCAUCAGCAGAUGCAUCUGUUUCCAAUGGCGUCUAUGUUCCAGGUGGUAUCACCAAUGGAGAUGUAAAGCCUGCAGUCUCCACCACACCCCUGGCAGAUUUCCUCAUGCAGCUGGAGGAAUACACUCCCACAAUUCCAGAUGCAGUUACAGGCUACUACCUCAACCGGGCUGGCUUUGAGGCUUCUGAUCCAAGAAUAAUCCGACUGAUCUCGCUUGCAUCUCAGAAGUUUAUCUCAGACAUUGCCAAUGAUGCAUUGCAGUACUGUAAAAUGAAGGGCACAGCUUCAGGAAGCUCAAGGAGUAAGACAAAGGAUAAAAAAUACACUCUGACUAUGGAAGACCUGACUCCUGCUCUGUCAGAAUAUGGCAUCAAUGUCAAGAAGCCAUAUUACUUUACAUAGAGCUGUCUUUGUUCAAGGCUUUUUUGCUUUUGCUAGUUUUUUUUCCUGCAGACCCAACAGACUCUGUCAAUGCCUUUAUUGCUAAAUUGAACACGGUGCUUUAGUACAGCUUUGACAGAUCUUCGUAGUCACUUUGCCAUUUGUUAUUUUUAGUGGGGCACCACCACACAUGAUUAUGUUAAAUUUUAGAAUUGCAUUUUAUUGUGAAAAUAAAACCCUUACCAAAAGCCUUGAUGUUUGUGGGAUAUUACAUUU